AUGUUGGAUAUGGGUAAUGAAAGAUUAUCAAGGCACGAAGAUAAUCUAGUUACAGAUUUAAUGGAGAUCGUUCAAAAAUUGAUGAAAGAGAAUGAAAUUAACAGUAGAGUUAUUAAAGAAAUUAACAAUGAAUUAGCAAUUGGGAAAAAUACUACGGAAGAGUUAAAAAAAGUAAAUGUUCUUUUAAAAACUAUGUGUGACUUACAAGAGUCAAGAGAUAAACCCAAAGGUGAGAGUGUUGAAGACUCAAAACCCGCUAGAAAAAAUUGA